AUGUCAGCAAACGAGAGAAGAAGACAUGUUGGUGAUCUGGAAUGUGGUGGAGGAGUUUGGCUUCAAAAUGUGAGGCAGUUCAAGUACUUGGGUUCGCUUCUCAAUAGUGAGAACAAGGUACGAGCGGACGUGGAAAGCAGGAUUUUAGCUGCAAACAAGGCGUACUUUGUCCACAUGAAACUAAUGAAGUCAAAGCUCUUAUCACGCAUGUCUAAGCUGCGGCUAUACAAAACACUGAUCAGACCAGUGGCCACCUAUGGUGCUGAGACGUGGACGCUGACUAGUGGAGAAGAGCAAGCAUUGCGUGUUUUGUUUUUGAGAGAAAAAUUGUAA